UAUCACUCAAAACAUAUCCUCAAAAUAGUUGAUACUUUCACAUUCCUAAGCUAUACUUAGGCAUACAAUACAUCAGAUUACAAAUGGAGAGAGCAAAAGUUUGUGUUAGUAUGAGUUUUCUUGUUUUAGCAAUGGUAAUAGCCAUUCUUCCAUCAAAAACUCAAGCUUUAAUGCCAUACACACAUCCAUUCUUUGACUUAAUGCUCCCACAAGAAGACCCUUUUAAGAUUCUUGAACAAACCCCAUUUACAAUCCCUAAAGGUGUUGAUCAAUCAAUAGCUUUAGCUCGUUCAGAUUGGAAAGAAACAUCAAAAGAACACAUCAUUUCACUUGACAUUCCAGGGAUGAAAAGGGAAGAUAUCAAGAUUGAAGUUGAAGAAAACAAAGUUUUGAGAAUCAGUGGAGAAAGGAAAACAGAGGAAGAAAAUGUUGAAGGUGAGAAAUGGCACAGAGCUGAGAGGACUUAUGGGAAAUUUUGGAGACAAUUUAGGCUUCCAAGGAAUGUUGAUUUGGAACGCAUUAAAGCUAAUUUGGAAAAUGGGGUGUUGAAGAUUACUGUGCCAAAAUUGGCUGAGGAGAAGAAACAGAAUAAGGUGAUUAGUAUUUCUGAAGAAGAGAAUGUUGUUGGUGGUGAGGAUAUUAAAGCUACUAAAGCUGCAAUGUGAAGGAAGUGUACAAUGUACUUUUUGUCCAGCUGAAGAAUAUGAUCAUGUAACAGUCUACUUUGUCUUGUGUGAUAAAAAAAUAAAAUGUCUUACAAUUUGUUUCUUUUUCAA